GGGAUAAAGGCUGUUUCUAGAUUGUUGGAAUGCAUUGAGACAUUUCUACUUUGUUCCAUCUAUGUAUACUUGCAUGAUGUUUAGCCAACUCGUUUUAGUUCUUGCAGGAAUUGCUGCAAGUUUGGGUCAUAACAUCAGUAUAGGACUAACAAACACCUCUCUUACAGUGAAGGCACCUCCCCAAAUGUUUGCAGACUGCCCUGAAAAAUUCAGAGACUACUGUACUCAUGGCACCUGUAGGUUCCUGGUGUCUGAGUGGGAAGCUUCUUGCAUAUGUCUCACAGGUUAUUUUGGCAGCCGUUGUCAGUAUUUGGACUUCUUGCAGGUAAUGACCGUAGACCCUCGAACCUUCACUAUGGUGGCACUGGCAGUUUCAUUCUUGGUUUUACUGACUGUGACCGGCAGCGCAUGCAUUAGCAUAUACGUAUGCAGAAGGAGAAGUAACAGGAUGGCACUUCUGAACAGUAUGGAUUCUCAAGUAAAUCUCACGCGCUAUGCCAACAGGAAACCCUGCAUAUCCUACAUAGAGCCAACUGAUCUAGAAGAGGUGUGUGUUACGGAGGGCACAUGAUCUGACACCAGGAUCUAAGUCUCAUCCUGAUCCUGGCUUACAAACUGUAAAGUCUAUAUACACCAAAUAUGUGACGGAAUCGAAGGUUUGCGGUAACUGGAAUAUUAGAAAAACAGUGUCCUGUCCUGCUUAUUUCGUACUGCAAAUGGAAUCUUUUGUUGUAGCUGCGUGGAAUCUUGCUGAAGAAAGUGACGGAGUGGGAAAACAUGCACACACAAAAAAAACUUUCCUUUUUUCUUUUUUAUUUAUGUGAUUGUAUUAAAUAUUUUAUGCGUAUUUUAAAGCUACACUUAGCUAAUUUCUAAGUGUGUAGUAUGGAAUCUAUGAAUGAUCAGGUAUAAUGUUUUUCGUUUUUUUUAAUA